AUGCCCAACAAACUACACGAUGCACAGAGAUCAAUCUCUGAGCAGAUAGAGGAGCUGAAGGCAAAGAUUUCCCUUUUGGAGGGAGAUCGCAAAGCCUACUUGGAGUCAUCCCAGCAUGCCAUCAAGAGAAAUAAGGAAGCUAUACUCUCUCUCCGGAAGGAGACAAAAGAAUUGAGGCAGCGUCUCAAGGACAGAUUAUCGCAAGAUGCACAUGUGAUAGGAAAAGCCUUCCAUGACCGACCAGUGGAGAGAGCAGCUUUAUCAAAUAAGUCUGGUCCACAAGCGAUUGUAAUCUUUGACCACAAAGUUUGUGACACGGUCAAAUUGCUCAAUGCCAAACGUCACAUAACUGCCCAGAAGCUGAAGAAGCUGGAGGAGCUACAGAUGCAGUAUGAUCAGUUGGUGAAGGAUUCUUCUGAUGCUGUGAACACAGAUAAAGGGGAGUCAGCUGAUGCUCAGACAAUGCGGUAUCUGGAGAACAGUUACGACAAAGUCAUGAUGAAAAUGGAGGAGGCCAAGCAAGUACAGAGAGUUUACCUGGACAUCAAAAGUAAAUUUGAAGCAGAAGCUCAGGAAUAUCCUCGAAAGUUGGACAUCCUGGAGACAGAAAUCCGGCAAACUAGGGAACAGCUGAAACAGUUGAAGGUAAUGUACAAUGAUGCCCAGCUGGCUAAAGAGACUGCUAUCAAUGACUUGAGGCAGCUUGAAGAAACUGUGUAUGCAGAGAGAAAGAAAAGAGAAAUAGAGCUACAGAAGAUGAAAAAGGAAGCAGAGGAGAAGAAACUGCAGUAUGAAAAAAUUGAGAAAAGAAUUGCUCAGAGAAGUGCGCUGCAACAUGAUGAGUUUAGCUCAUCUCUGAGGUAUGAGGAUCACCAGCAGAAGAUCACAACAUAUGAGGAGGCUUUCAAGAGAAUCAAGGAAUGCACAGGGAUAUCUGAUACAAUGGAAGUUGUCCUGCGGUUUGAGAACCAAGGGGCCACAACUGAACACCUAGAGCAGUUGAAAAAGGACAAUGAGAAGCAGAUAAUUCGACUGAGGGAGGAGAAGAAAAAGCUUCAGCAGGAAUUUGAGGAGAUGAAAUAUUCAGGAGAAGCUAAACUUUCAAGUGGACAGGCUGUGCUGGAAGAGUUUGAGGCACUACUGGCCAAGGAAGAGGCAAAGCGAGACCAUGCAGAUGAACAGUUGCAGAAAUCCAGUCGCAUCUUGGUGCAGGUCAAAGCCGGAGUAGAACACUUAGCUGGCAAACUACAUCACCUGAAACUGAGCAGGGGGCAUGUACUCUCACCUCAGAUUUCACCAUCUUCAGACGAGUACGUUCUUGACCAGCUGUCUACAGUUGAAGAGAAGCUUCUGAAGCUUCUGGAAGAACUUGAAGGAAAGAAUUUACCGGAGAUUUUGAAGCAGAUGGAAGAAGAAGAGUUCCAUGCUAGUAUAGAAGGAAAACUACCACCCUACAACACACGCAUCAAACUUCCUCAGACACAGAGAGAUCUGGUCUAUGAAGAUGAUGAAGACAGUGGUGAGGAUGAUGUUGAUGUGCCCAACCGCUCAACCAUCAAAAAGCAAUCUCAGUUCAUUGUUGACAGCAAAACCAGAAGAAGGGAACCAAAAAGACGCCGCCGAUGA